AUGGCUUACCCAAUCACCAAUCAGCCUCAAGGUCUCCAGGGGAUGAAUGUUGAUAGCAGCAAAAGCACAUGGGGCACUGAAGUCACAGAAUGUUGUGACGAUAUGGGAAUCUGUCUGUGUGGAACAUUUGUGCCCUGUAUCUUGGCAUGUAGAGUGGCCGCUGAUUUUGGGGAGUGUUGUUGUCUUCCAUGUAUAGGAGGAGGUGUCCUUGCCAUGCGAACAGGAAUCAGAGAACGCUACCGUAUCCCGGGCACUAUUUGCGAUGAUUGCAUAUGUCUCACAUUCUGCUACCCCUGUGCAAUCUGCCAGAUGGCCCGUGAGCUAGACAUGAGGAAAUGA